GUCAGUGCUUACUAGUGUCAAAUCGGCUAGCAAAAUGGAGCAAGAAAUUCUCAUUUAUCUCGCCAAAAUGGCUGACGCGUACUCGUCGGCUAUGCGCGGAAAAAAAAUACCCGACAAUUUGUACGAGCUGUGCUUGACGAAUUUAGUGAACUACUUGCAAAAAUCAAAGUGCGAUAGAAAUGUGCUCACAGGGUUACCGGACAGCGUCCUCAUGGAUGUGUAUUACAAGAUGCUGCAGGAGAAGCGGCUCUGCAUCCUGGGCGCGGAGCUGUCGGAGCUGGACAUCUUCGAGCGGCUGAUGCGGUUCACCGGCUCCCAGCUCAGGCUACUGCAGUGCUUCCAGGCGGUCAUAGAGCACGGCUCGAAGCUGUCGACGGAGCUGGCCACCAGCUACCUGAACAAGUGCGACUGCGGCGCGCGCUCACAGGACUCACUCAUACAUCUUGGAUUAAGACUUGGUGGUUUCCUGAACGAGGCGGGAUGGUACGCGGACGCGCAGCGCGUGCUGCUGCGGUGCCGCGACCUCUGCCAGGCGCAGCCGCAGACCACGCACUACAAGAGGCUCACAUUAGAAUGUUGUCAUAGGUUAUUAAAUACACAGUCAGCGUACUGCUGCUUCCCGGCGGCGGCGGAGACAUACGCCUUAGCCCUGAAGCUGCUCGGCGUGCCCGAUGACGUCACGGAGGACCUGCCCGACGGGCCCUUCGCGAUCGGGGAGACCUGUGAUAAGGCGGUGCAGACUGAUGACGAUGACACUAUUUAUGACAGUUCGGGCGAGCCGUGUGCGGGUUGCGGCGGGUGCGGCGCGGCCGCGGCGUGGGGCGGGCGCGGGCUGUGCGCGCGCGUGUGCAAGGAGUUCUCCGCGCUGUUCUUCGUGCGCUGCGACUACUCCGCCGCCUACGCCUGGGCCAUGCGCGCGCUCAAGCUGCUCACACCGCACACGCCGCCCAAGAUCACCAUCGAGGUGCUCCGCGCGUGCGGCAAGGCGUGCGUGGUGAAGCGGCGCUUCUCCGCGGCGGGCGUGCUGGUGCGGCAGGCCGUGGCGCUGGCGCGGCGCGAGGCGGGCGCGCGACACCCGCGCUACGCCGCCGCGCUGCUCGACCUCGGCUUCUACCUGCUCAACAUCGACUCCAUCGUGCACAGCGUCGCCGUCUAUGAGGAGGCCCUGUGCACCCUCCGGCGCGUGUACGGGCGCAGCAGCCUGCACGUGGCCACCGCGCAGGAGGACCUCGCCUACGCGCUCUACGUGCUGGAGUACUCCUCCGGCAGGUUCUACAAGGCCAGGGAACACGCUGAGCGGGCCAUACGGAUCAUAGAGAACUUAGUCCCUCCCGACCACUUGCUGCUGGCGUCGGCGAAGCGCGUGAAGGCGCUCAUCCUUGAAGAGAUCGCACUCGACACGCCCGCCGGACAAGACCUGAGCGCCCCGACGUUACUGGAAGAGUCGGAGGCCCUGCACAAGGCCGCGCUUGCGCUGUCCAUGAUGGCGUUCGGCGAGAAGAACGUGCAGACUGCCAAACACUACGGGAACCUCGGCCGCCUCUACCAGAGCAUGCAGAAGUUCCAGGACGCCGAGACGAUGCACCUGAAGGCGAUCGCGAUUAAGGAGGAGCUCCUCGGGCCCGAGGACUACGAGGUGGGGCUCAGCAUCGGGCACCUCGCCUCGCUCUACAACUACCACAUGAACAUGCACUGCGCCGCCGAGAAACUCUACCUCAGAUCUAUAUCCAUCAGUCUAAAGUUAUUCGGCGAGCGCUACUCGGGGCUGGAGUACGACUACCGCGGGCUGGUGCAUGUGUUCACGCAGCUCAAGCGACACGACCGCGCCAACCACUACAACAGGCUGCUGCAGCAUUGGCAGGAGCUGCGCGAGCAGUCGAAGGCGGAGCAGCAGCCGGCGCUGGGCGACGAGCAGGUGUUGCCGCUGGACGAGCUGCUCGCCAAGCUGCUGGCGCCCAACGACUGAGCGGGCCCUGCGCUGCUCUGUACAGACGUGGGCAGGGACACCCCAGGCCCGGCCACAGGACCGCGGCUCACUGUGUAACGCCAAAGGCUAUAAGCUAAGUCAUAAAUUUAAAACGGGUCGUAUGUAAUUCGGCCUAAUUAUUUGUCUGUAAAUGCGUUAUAAAUGAGCUUAGUGUGUGCCGGCCUUAACUACGGAUCAUGAAAUGUAAAGACACGGUACAGCCAGCGUCGAACGUAUCGCGACGUUUCAGGAUGAUUAUCCCUGCUGUCAUUCUGAGGAAGAUUUUAUGCCAUUGAGAUAAAGUUUAAUUUAGUUAAUUAGGAAUGUCUGUUGGUCUCGGUGUGUUCGCCGCUGUCUGUACGCUACAAGCUCGAGCGGCGUGUUCCUCAAGACGCACUGGAUUACACUACCAAAAUUAUUUGUUUACAUUUAUCCCCUUCACAUAAUAUAUAUAAUUAUGUAGAAUAAUUUAAAAUCAUAUAAAAUUUGAAUAUAAACAAAGAGGCUUGUAAAAUUAAGUGUUAACAAAUAUUUUUGAUAAUAUAAUGUCAGUAUGUGAUGUUAAUGUGUACGUAUUUGUGUAAAUUUAAUUUGGUUAACGUUGCUUUCGCGUAAAUUAGUUUUAGCGGUUCGUUGUGUGUGUCUGGAUGUGCAAUCUGAUGAAAUUGUAUAUAUUGUUUGUUAUCUGCCGACGUCGCCGGCGCGGCCAGUCACUACACUCCGGGAUUACUGUAUCGCAUAAUAUCUAAAGUCACUGUUAUAAAUAGAUAUUGGAUUCGCUACUACUGAUAAAACCGUUACAUUGUCACUGCCAGUAUAUGCUAAACUGUAAUUGUAAAGUAUCACUUGUUAUAGUACUGUAGGAAAGAGAGACAUAUCUAUAUUCGCUUCGCAGAUAAGACUUAUGUAUAGAAGUUGUAUUUAUUGUCAAGACACAGAUUACAGUAUGAUGUUAGCGCGGA